CCAUCAGGGCAUUCUGCAUCAACAGCAGGUUGGUUGUUGUGGGAAAGAUGGCGUCCCGGUGCAGCCUUUCUGCCUUAUUUCCUAUCCAAAAUCCGCUGGAUUACGCUCUAGAUGACGCUGCGACACAGCAAGAGAAAGAAAAUCUUGUCUACCAGUAUUUGAAAAAACUAGAGGAAGGCGAGGAUCUGAAGAUACCGGAUUUCCCACCAGGUCUGGAAUGGCUGAACACAGAAAAGCCUCUGUCUUUGACCAAGGAGCUAGCUGGGAAAGUGGUGCUGCUGGACUUCUUUACUUACUGCUGCAUCAACUGCAUGCACAUCCUACCUGACCUGCACCAACUGGAGAAGAGGCACUCUGUUGAAGAUGGACUGGUAGUUGUGGGUGUGCACUCUGCUAAGUUCCCCAAUGAAAAAGUCCUGGAGAAUGUCCGCAGCGCUGUGCUCCGCUACGACAUCUGCCACCCAGUGGUGAACGACAGCGAGGCGCGCCUCUGGCACGAGCUGGAGGUGUCCUGCUGGCCCACGCUGGUCCUGCUGGGCCCACGUGGCAACCUGCUCUUUUCCCUUGUGGGUGAAGGCCACCGUGACCGGCUGAUGCUUUUUGCUGACACCGCCCUCCGCUACUACAGGGAGCAGGGCCUGCUGACGACACACACAGUGGACACCAAGCUGUACCGAGACUCCCUGCCACCCACCAUCCUGUCUUUCCCUGGUAAAGUGGCUGUUGAUGACAGCAAUAAAAGACUGGCCAUAGCAGACACAGGGCAUCAUCGAAUUCUGGUGGUGUCCUCUACUGGGCAGAUGCUGCACAUUGUGGGAGGGCCAGAGAGCGGCAGACAAGACGGCAGCCUGUCAGAAGCUUCCUUCUCCUCUCCUCAAGGAGUGGCCAUUAAAGGGGACACGGUUUAUGUUGCCGACACAGAAAACCACCUGAUCCGGAAGGUUGAUCUGCUGAAAGGACAAGUCAGCACUCUAGCCGGAGUCGGAGCUCAAGGCACAGACAAAGAGGGCGGGGCCAUGGGACCCCAGCAGCCAAUCAGCUCUCCUUGGGAUGUGUCACUUGGUACUGCCGGUGGUGUUGAGGACAACGUGCUGUGGAUAGCCAUGGCAGGGACUCACCAGGUCUGGGCUUUGUUCCUAGAAGACGGGAAGCUUCCCAAAGGAAGUGAGUCCAAAGCCGGCUUGUGCGUGCGAUGGGCAGGCAGUGGCAGCGAGGAAAACCGAAACAACGCCUACCCACACAAGGCAGGCUUCGCCCAGCCCUCGGGCCUGGCCUCGGCCCCAGAGGAGCCCUGGGGCUGCCUGUUUGUGGCGGACAGUGAAAGCAGCACCAUCCGCACGCUGUCGCUGAAGGACGGAGCUGUGAAGCUGCUGGUCGGCGGAGAGCGGGACCCACUGAACCUCUUUGCUUUUGGGGAUGCAGACGGGAAGGGGGUGGACGCCAAGCUGCAGCAUCCUCUUGGCGUCGCCUGGGCCCCUGAACAAAGCCUGCUCUAUGUGGUCGACUCCUACAACCACAAGAUCAAGGUGGUUAACCCAAAGAGCAAGCAGUGUAGCACCUUAGCUGGGACAGGAGAGGCUGGAGAUGCACUGGGCCCCGGAUUCAACGACUGCAGCUUCAAUGAGCCGGGGGGACUCUGUGUGGCCGAGGGGGGCCGGCUGCUCUACGUGGCCGACACCAACAACCACCAAGUCAAACUGUUGGACCUGGACACCAAGACUGUCUCACUGUUCCCCAUUGCCAUCGACUGCCCAGACUUCAAGAUUGCUCCAUCCCCGGUUCCGGCUAAAGCCCCCAGGCUGCCAAAGUCAGCGCCCAGGAAGGAAAUGCCCCCCCUGUCCAUGUCCGCUGGCCAGACCCUCACCAUGUCACUCACCCUGUCACUGCCAGAAGGAGCCAAGCUCACUGCAGAGGCCCCCAGCUCCUGGACGCUGUCAGCUGAGGGUAACGAGUGGCUUCUGGAGAGCGGGGUGGUGACUGGCAGCAUCCUGGACCUGUCGAAGCCCCUCUGCGUCUCAACCAAACUCCCGGCUGUUGCAAAAACAGUGGACUCCAUCCCAUCCCUCACCCUGAGCGUAUGGGUGUACUUCUGUGUAGAGGCAGGCGCGGCGUGCAUGAUGAAGGCUGCCUCCUUCUCCCAGCCUCUUCACAUAAGUGCCAGUCCUGCAGAGGAAGAGGUCACCGUGGCACUGUCCCAUGCCUUCUAAAAACGCAAGCCCUCCUCAGUCCCUGCCUUUCUUCAGAGCUUUAAGGAGCAGAGAAUCUACAGUUUCUAUGGUGUGAACAUCCCAGUUGCAUUUUGGCUCCCACACUCGGCUAACUCCUACCCUUCUUAUGCUCAUAAGUCUGGGAGUAGAGAAAAAAAAGGUUUGUGAUAGAGCUGUCACUUUGGACAAGAAUGCAAUCCAAACAAAACUGAUUUUCAGCGGAAUUUCAUUUGAACCCAUUCAAAAGCCCAUUCUGCCACAAAUUAUGCAUCCAAGUUAUAAUGGCUGUCUGAAUGUCAUUAAUAGGAAACAAACAGCAACAUCCACAGUUGCACAAAGGCAGUUCUUCAGCAAAGCAAACUGCCCUGCAGCUGAAAACAUCUACAUCUGUGUCAAAGGAGAAUUAUUCUGCAAAUUCCCAUUAGCAAUGUCGACAAGCUCCACAGGCGCAUCAGAGGCAAACGGGCUGCUUGAGUGAGUUAAGUUGCGAUGACAAAGCCAAAAUUAUAGUUGCACUCAGAAAUACCUUGUUCAGUUCCACAACACUACACGAACCACUGAAAAUAAGAAAUACAGGGAUGUAGUUGCACCAGGGACUGUGUCAGUGAUGAAAAGGGAAAUAUGAGAUAUUUAUCUUGAAAAUCUGAUGUUGCAUCAUAAAACUUGUUUGUUGGAUCAUUUAAAAUACGUGUAAGCAAAGGCGAGCUGCAUCCUCUGAUUAGCCUCUGUCUUGCAGGAUCAGAUGGAUGUGAAGUUGAGAGACAGGACUUCCUUAAAGGAUCAGGGCGUUUAUAAGCCAGUUUUAGUUUUAAUAAUAACCAGUAAUUCCUCCAAAAAAAUCAUUAUGCCAAAAAAUUGAAGCUAGAAAAGACGUGUAUGUCAUUAAGAGAAGACUUCCUUGCACUAGCAUUGCUACUGAGAGCUAAUAGGGACUGCUGAUGUUUUCUCAAAUACAUGGUCUUGAAAACAUUUUAAGAUUAAGAGGAUUAAAAAGUAGGAUAUCCAUCUAAAACACCACAGCACUUCCCUGUAAUCUCAGACUUGGAAGAAGUAUGUAAUGACAAAGUGGAAACAAGGACAGAAAUGAAACCGGGUCUAUGCCAUAAACGUGAGAAGCUAUCUAUGCACAAACUUUUCGAUUUUGUUGUGUAAUUAAUAUAUUUCUAAGAUGUCUUGCACCAGAGCAUUGAGUUACUUCUUUACAAGUAUAUGCAUCGGAGUCGCUUAAGUUUACACUCAGUCAGCACUCUGAAAUGCCUUCAGGCGCGCUGCACACGCUUUCAUCAAUAUUUGUCUACACAUGUACUGUAUGUCACCACAUUUCAAAGAGUCAUAAAUUGUUUACAAAGCUAACAGUCUCGAUGAAAGCUUGUAUUCAUGGCUCAGUGUGUCUUUUUUUUUCUUUUUUUCCUGCCGUCUUUCACUGUAUAAUUGAUUAUGGUGUCUGCUGAAUGACAUAAGUUACCCUAUCAGCUUUGACUAAUAUGAUAAUAUGAAUCUUGUUACUGUCAUUUUGCCUUAUUGGUUAAUUUGUUUUUAUUCUUUUUAUGACAAAGUUUUGAUGUAUUCUCAGAAACUGGGCUAAUAUUGUAAGCAUUAUAAGUGCUGUCAUCGUGUUUCAUAACAUAAUUGUGCCUGUCAGACUAUAUUUGUUUGGGGUUUUCAUCACUCGGCCCAAGUGCCUUGGAUAACGGUAUUUUAUAUGGUGUGAACCAAUGACACAUUAAUGGUAUGAAUAGCAAUAACAGUAUAUUUCUGUGAUGGGAGAAAUUCUUUAUUCCCUCAUGUUAUUUCUUUCAGAUGAACUGGGGAAAUUUUCUGCCGAUGUAUUUUCCCUCUGUUAUACCUCUGGCGCUUUUUUAUGAACGGUAAUGAGCAUGGUUGGUUGCUGGUGGGCAUUAAGUUUCUCGUUUUGUCUCCCUGCUCUCCUCACUUGAUUUUUUUUUUUUUUUUUUUUUUUUUUUAAUUUGAUGUCUUAUUGUUAUACCACCUCUUUAAAUCCAUACUUUUUGGCACACUUUUGUCUCCAGGGGUACCUCGUUAAUACAUCUGCUUUUCAGUGCUGCACUUUAAGAUGCAACCGAGCAAGGAAAAGGUAAU